AUGCACAUAAAACGUUUAGCGUUCCCUACCUUUAAGCACUUGACAGAACGCGGGGUCGCUGUUCGCCUCGACGAGCUCUGGCCUUCCGAGGGCUGCGGCGGUACGGAUGACAUCGUGCGGUUUGACGCGGGAUUGCCUCGCGUGGCCUGGGUUGCGAAGUGUGGACGCUCGGAGCGUGGGAUUCGGCCUUCCAGGCUCGGGGCUUGGAACCCGGUGGCUCUGGCCAAGGUGCCUUUUUCCUGCGCCCGGGAUAGACCGCAGUCAGGCGAGCGCGGCCGGGCGCCUCGGGGAUCUGGGCAUCAGGGCGCGGGCUCCGCGGGCUCCGGACGAUGUCUGUGGUUUCUCAAGAGAUUCCUCUUAAUCUUCGGACUUGGAAUCAUUCUAUUUCUGUUCCUUCAUUCAAAGUUCAGUAGCUUCAAACCAGAGCUCCCACGUCUGGCUCCAAUAGCACAGAAGCUGAAGCUUUUACCUGAGGAACGUCUCAGGAACCUCUUUACCUAUGAUGGAAUUUGGUUGUUCCCGAAAAAUGAGUGCAAAUGUGAAACCACCAAACAGCAGAGAGGCUAUAACUUUCAGGAUGCCUACAGCAAGAGUGACCUCCCAGCAGUGAAAGCAAGGAGACAGGCUGAAUAUGAACACUUUCAGAGGAGAGAAGGGCUGCCCCGCCCACUGCCACUGCUGGCUCAGCCCAACCUUCCCUUUGGGUACCCUGUCCACGGGGUGGAGGUGAUGCCCUUGCACACAGUUCCCAUCCCAGGUCUCCAGUUUGAAGGACCAGAUGCCUCCCUCUAUGAGGUCACCCUGACAGCUUCUCUGGGGACACUGAACACCCUCGCUGACACUUCGGACAAUGAGGUGCAGGGCAGAGGCCAGAAGCAGCUGAUCAUUUCAACCAGUAACCGGGUGCUUUUGAAUUUCAUCCUCCAACAUGUGACUUACACCAGCACAGUGUACCAGCACCACCAGGUGGACAUGGUGACUCUGGAGUCUAAGUCGUCAGUGGCGAAGUUUCCAGUGACUAUCCGCCACCCUGUCAUCCCCAAGUUAUAUGAUCCUGGACCAGAGAGAAAGCUCAAAGACCUGGUGACCAUUGCUACCAAGACUUUCCUCCGCCCUCAUAAGCUCAUGGUCCUGCUCCACAGUAUUCGAGAGUAUUACCCAGACUUGACCGUGAUUGUGGCUGAUGACGGCAAGGAGCCCCUGAAAAUUAAUGACAACCACGUGGAGUAUUACACCAUGCCCUUUGGGAAGGGUUGGUUUGCUGGUAGGAACCUGGCCAUAUCUCAGGUCACCACCAAAUACGUUCUCUGGGUGGAUGAUGACUUUCUCUUCAUCAGCAAGACCAAGAUUGAGGUGCUGGUGGAUGUCCUGGAAAAAACAGAACUAGAUGUGGUAGGUGGCAGUGUGCUUGGAAACGUGUUCCAGUUUAAGCUGUUGCUGGAACAGAGUAAGAAUGGGGCUUGUAUUCACCGGAGACCAGGAUCUUUCCGGCCCAUGGACGGCUUCCCCAACUGCGUGGUGACAAGUGGUGUUGUCAACUUCUUUCUGGCCCACACCGAGCGACUCCAAAGAGUUGGCUUUGAUCCCCGCCUGCAACGAGUGGCUCACUCAGAGUUUUUUAUUGAUGGGCUAGGCAGCCUGUUUGUGGGGUCUUGCCCAGAAGUGAUUAUAGGUCACCAGCCCCAUUCUAAAGCAGUGGACUCAGAGCUGGUUGCCCUGGAGAAAACCUACAACACAUACCGGACCAACACGAAAGACCAGGUCCACUUCAAACUGGCUCUGCACUACUUCAAGAACCAUCUACAGUGCUCCACAUAAAGGUUCAGGGGGAUAGGAAAAGCACUCGAAUGAUUGGUUGUGGGUAUCUGGAACAGUGGAACUGGUGUUAGGGCUGCCUUAAAGUGAACUACUGACAAGAUGAACAUCGUAAUUGAACUAGCUGGUGGGUAAGGGCAAAUGUGUCA